AUGAUUAGGACUCCAACAAGAACCAAAACAAAGUCGUUUGCUGGCUCGCAAAUAGACUUUCAAUUUCCAAGCUCAGAGAGUGUGCCGGAAGAAGCUUUGGACAACUACGACAUGUCGAAUCACCACCUCCUCAACAACACGCUGGCAGCACGCGACAAUGUCUCACACAUCUUUUCUGAGAAUUCUGCGGGGUCUUCCAAUGGAAUCGACAGCGGCAUGUACUCUUUUGCCAACAUUUCCGAUAACACCACGGGUCGUAAGGCUGGCCACAACGGCCUAAGACCUUCUCAGACUUCAUCCUGGGGUUCCAGUGCGUCGGUUGCUCGUCACAGGUAUCCUGCGACCUUGGCUCCGCGACCACACAGCAGUGCCUUCGAAACGCUGCUGGAUACUCAACAUGCCGUCAAGUCAAGAGAGAACGCCGCUUUUUUGAGCAGAAAGCGGUCGCCGGAAAUGAGCGGCCACCAUUCAAUCUCAACCGACGCCUGCACAAUACCCACCGCCGACAACGUCUCCUUCCAGAUCACCUUCAAGUCUACUCCAAGUGAGCAAUCGCUUCUGAGUUUUGAAAAGCGAGCACAACUAAAGCGCUCCAAGUCCGCAGUUCGUCAACCAUCUUUGAAGUUGCGCAAGUCACCAUCCCUUAGAAAAACCACUGCAUCAACUGGCUCCAAUUCCAAACUCAAAAGAUCAGAAGCUGUACGCUGCAAAGGCGGUUUACUCCAGUUCUUCUCUCAAUUGGGGGAUCGGGCAAAGGCUAGAGUUCGCCGAUGGAGACAGGCUGUGAGGAAGAAAUUAUUUACCUAUAAGUCGAGACGACUAGCCAAGAAGAAUAAAAAGCAGACUACUUCUCAUUUGAAAAGAGCGAACGGCUAUGUUUCCAACAUCAAAAGAACAAUAUCUAGCACUUCAUUAAGGAAAGCAAGCAUAAAUGACCCUCGGCAUGUAUCUGGAUAUAAUGACCUUAAUCGGGUCCAAACUCCGGUUCAGGAUGCUCAAAAAAUGGCUCAAGGAUCGCCCAAGAAUAUUCGCAAAUCUUUGAGGCGGUCGCCAUCCUCCAUUAAGAGAGCUGCAUCAAUUCUCACUCGUACCAAUUCUCUCGCGACUACCAAUUUUGACGGAACCAAUGGCGGGAACUCUACAGAAGGCCUUCCGAGAACAAAGCUUGUCAGAUCUGACCCUUUAAUGUCACUUAGCUCGAUAGCUCGUCAGCCUUCAAUUGUUGUUAACAACAAAGUUAUUCCACUUUCCAGAUUAAACGGCGAGAUCAAUGAAUACAGCAUUAAGGAAGAGGAAGAAGAUGAAUACGUGAUUGAUACCGAUUACAUGAGAAAAAGCGAUGACAAUUUCAGUGACGUCUCGAGUGCCGACGAAAACGAAUACAGAGAUUCUCUGGAGUACCCCAAAGAUGAUAGAAACUCAGCCGUUGGCAAUGAAGCUGCAGCUGUACCGGAUGCUUGGAACCACUUUCUGCGGGCAGUAGUGGCACAGAGAAUUUUAAUGAGACUUCAAAUUCAUAAGUACCAAGAAGCCGGCACUGAAUCUGAGUGUCAAAAACUCAUUGAUGCCAUUAUUUCCGACUACGAAGAAAAUUCAUCAAGCCAUUAUGAAAGUGAGCAGAGGACAAAUUCUACUGCGAUUACAUCAGUUAGUGGGUCAGAGCAUUAUAUUACAAGCCGUCAGACAUCAGACAUGUGCUCAAAAACAAAUGACAGUGUGCUGUCGCUGAAGCCUUUCCAAACAGUUUUCCAAACGAAGGUUAAGAGAUCUCUGACUUUGCCUGUAGGGUUUCGCGUGUAA